CAAAAAGGGUUUAAACACCAGUCACAAUCGUUACCGUGGUAGUUUAUAUUCUGAACUCGAAAGAUGUUCAAGGUGUCACGUUGACAAUGGAUAGAAAGUAUUGGUUAUUUGGUGGCAUUACAGCUGCAGUCAUAUCAGGUGCAUAUGUCUUCUGGACUUCAUCUAGUAAAUCAAACAAGAAAAAAGAUCGAUGCCCGGGACUGGAAAAUCUGGGUAAUACCUGCUUUCUGAACUCAGUGCUCCAAGGGCUGGCCUCAUGUUCGAGAGUAAGGCUCUGGCUGUCUGACUAUGUGAACAGUGGACAUCUGCAGACCCCCUCUCUCACCAGGACACUUAAUGAUGUCAUCAAAGUGUUGAACAAUGAGACAGAAUUUUAUGAUGAUGUUCAUAGCCCAGAUUAUGUGUUCAACACAUUGUUAAUCAAAGGAUGGUGCAUCUCUCCUGAAGAACAGGAUGCACAUGAAAUGUUUCAUGUAUUGACUCAGACAAUCACAGAAGAGACCAUGAGUUACCCGGGAGUUGUCCCCUUGUUCGAGAACCCAGAUGUUGGGUUUCGGGAGAAUGACCGAGCUUUGUCCAGAAUCGAGAGUCCACUCCCCCUCCUGCCUGAGCGCCCCAUGGACCACCCAUUCCAAGGCUUGCUAGCCAGUCAGCUGGAGUGUAUGGAAUGUGGCUACAAGAAUCCAGUCAGAUACGACCAUUUCGACAGUCUUUCCUUGACAUUUCCUCAAAGUGUCUGGGUGGAUCGCAGUCUAGAGACCCUGCUUUAUCACUACAUCAGUGUUGAUACAGUGAGUAAUGUGGAUUGUGUGGGAUGUAGCAAACUAAAACAAAGGCCUGCUGGGUGCAAAAUGCCACUCAAGAAGACAACCUUCAAGAAAAAAAUGACCAUUGGAAAGCUCCCACAAUCCCUGGUCUUUCACAUCCAGAGGUGCCAAUGGCUGAAUGAUGGAUCAGCUUGCAAGAGACAAGAUUUUGUUUCAUUCCCAGAAAUCCUGGACAUGAGUAACUAUGUGUACCAUAAAGUAGCUGCCAAGGAAUCCAAGAAAGGUGUACUUGGAGGUGGCCAACAGUUCCUCUUCGGAGCUAGCAGUGAACCUAGAACUGAGAGUUUUGAAUCUGCACCUUCUGUUACACUCUUAAGAACACUGAACUAUGAUAACAGAAGAACACAGAACGGCUUGUUCAUCCAGCCUCAGAUGGAGGAUCAUAGCCGGGAUUCAGACGUCAAUCACAACGGCCCGGCCAGUGUCAGUAAAUCCUCCGACUCCUCGCUCACUUACAGACUCUGUGCGGUGGUGGUGCACAUUGGCAAUAUCUCGUCUGGACACUUUAUAACCUACCGCCGCAGUCCUAAUACAGUGAGGGGCAAGCGCCGCUCAGACAAGUGGCUGUGUUGUUCGGACAGAAAGGUUGUACCAGCCAAUAAGAUGGAUGUGUUAGCAGCAGAAGCUUACAUGCUGAUGUAUGAGAGGCUCUAAUUACAUCACCUGAAUGGAGUUCUCUCUGUUUAUCCUUGUCAUAUAUCAAGAGAAGAUUCCAAAUAAACACCUGCCUGCCCUUUAAGUGAAUGCCACAUUUUUUUUAUGUCCAUUUUAUAAAGAGUGUUUUUAAUUAGUUUACUGAUGUUGGAUGAAGUGUGUUUGAAGUGAAGAAUGAAGUGAGAAUGUAAGAUGUCUCUGUGUUGCUUCCAAUAGUUUUGCAUUUAUGAUUACAACAUUUCUCAAUGUUUUAAUCAUUUGUGCAUCAAUGUUUAAACAUGUAUGUGUUCAUGACAUGGUCAGUGUGCAAUGUCAGAGUGUUCAGUGGCAGUCUGUCAGAAGAAUGAUUUUUUUUUUUUUAAGAAAAACAGUUUUGUUGAUCAGAGUUUGCCUAUGUAUAAAUAUGGCAUGUAAAAUUCCUGUCAAAAUGCACAAUGUUUAAAUGUGUGCUAACACAUUUGAGUCAAAUGUGUAAUUGCGGUACUUAUCAUGUAUUGGUUUUAAAGAUAGAUUUUGUAUAAAGUAGAUUGAGUUUGAAAUCUGCUUUUAAGAUGAAAGUAUUUUUGAUGCAUUACCAGUGCAAGUAAAGCGGAAAUUGUAUGUGUGUUUUGUCUGAUUAUAAUGAAUGCUAGCAUAUCCAAACAGCUGCAGUAGAGUGAUUGGAUAAUACAAUGUAUAUACAUGUUUACACAUUGUUAUUGUUGAUUAUUUAUUUCAAAAUGCUGCCUCAUUUGUAAAGAUUACCUUGUUAUAAGUUGUUACUAAAGUGCUACUGUCAUAUAAAGUAAUGAAAUUGGAUAUAUAAAAACUGGAUUUCAUUUUUAA